AUGCCUCGACUCCGCAAAGAAGAUUUCACAAUCGUCAUCAAGCCCAGAGUGACGAUUUCCCUAAAGACGGCCCUGCAGAACGUGCCCUCGGGUCCUGUCACCACUUCAAAAGCUCCCACGCCUAGCAACAAGACGACGAAAGGCGCAAUCAGACCAGCGCCACCGGCGGGCACCUUGCCUGGACGUGCCCCCAAGUCUCCUCGGUCAACUAACCCGAAAGCGUCACGGGAUCCAGACGCCCCUGCAUUCCAAGACGGGGAUUUCCCGGCUCUCCAGGGCCCUCCGUCGGGCGCACCAAAGAAUACUUCUCAGGCCAAGGUAGGCAGCCGAGACGGGCCUCCUCCGCCUCCCCGCACUCCUCUACCUUCUCCCCCACCAAAGGUUCCUCCUUAUCCACCCCUUAAUUCUGACAUCGCGGACCUCCACCGCGAGCUCGAGACUCUCCAGGCACAAAAUGCUCAACUUAACGCCAAAAUUCACGCGCUAGAAACGGCUCGGUCCUCCCCGCCCCCAGCACAGGUAGCUCCGGAACCGAUGCAUGUGGUGCCGGCGGAGCCGACACCCUGUAGCUCCGACUUGCGUUUCACCGCCCUCGAAAACGCCCUUGCCGAGUUGACGACUCAGUUAUCAAAUUUUGGCCAAAUCCAAGACAGCCUUCUAAAGGCAGUCACAGCCACGGUUACGGCCGCCGUGACGGCCAACAUUAAGACAUAUCUAGAGUCAAACCCCCGGCUUCCACGCCGAACGGGACGCCUCAAAGACGCGAGCCGCCCAUCAAAAUUCACCCGACCUAUCGAUCUAACCGAACUCGCGGAGGAGCCGGAAUCGCUCCCGCUGUAG